CGCGCCAACGAAGUUGACUUGGCUAACGUCCAGAGUCAAAGUCUCCGUCUCACCAACCCGAAUUUCCCCUUCUGAGGCCACCACUCAUCCUUGUUCUUGCAUCCGAUCAAGGAAAAUUCAAGAGCCGAACAUGAUGGACACCAGCUGCAUCAUGUCGAAGGACAGGCUCGAGUUCGUCGGGAUUCUCAGGGAAGCGCUGAGAAUUUGCACCGGCAGCCCCAGGUUCUUGAUCCUCGCCUUCCUCGCAUCCUUCCCGCUGUUCUGCUCCUUGCUGUUGAACGAGUUACUCCUCCAGCGGACGUUCCUCCACACUGCCCACUUUACGUUUGAUGGAGCUUUUGAGUGUAUCGCUAGCAGCUCUAGUCCUGGGAUCCAGAGAUGCUUUUUCUUGGGGCUCGAAAGCGUCCUCAAGAGAUGGGUGGGAGAGGCCUCUCGGGAGGUGGUCUUGAUGAGUGCCCUGUACUUCGUCAUUGUCAUACCACUAGACCUCCUCAACACUAUCGUGUUCGUUCACAAUGCGUCUGCGAUUUACGGAGGAGAGAAUUUGCCCAAUCUGAGGGAAUUUUUGGUCCAACCCUUUAAAAGGAUUGGCUUCAGGGGGCCUCUGGUCACUUUCAUGUACGCGCUUGUGCUCUCUUGCCUCACUUUGCUCGGACUUGUUUCCUUGGCAUCUAACCCAGUUGGGCCGUCUGUGGGGCCUGUCGGGGUGAUCCCUGGCGUGCUCUUCGUGGCCUUGUUUGCGAAGUAUAUGGAGUGGAGUGCUAUAUGGAACACGGGGGUCGUGAUCUCAAUACUGGAAGAGAAGCAUGGUUACAUUGCAUUAGGAGUGGCUGCAUAUCUGAGCAGAGGGAGUAGAAGAAAGGGAUUUGCCCUUAUGCUCGCGUUCUUCAUUUGGAGGCUUGCCCUGAGACUGUCUUGCCUCUAUUUCGUGGGGCACAGUGAAGAAAGUGGAUUUGUUGCGACGAUUGUGCAAGUCUAUCUAGUGUGUUUGGGGAAUGUGGUGAAGUGGUCGGUCUUCAUGGUGUAUUUCUGUGACUGCAAGAAACGGUUUCUGGAGAAAAAGAUUGAUGUCGAGGAAGGCAAAGCUACUCAACCUGUGAAAAGCUAGAGACAGGGUUUUGGGCAAUGUAAUGUUCUGUAUGCAUUGUCGUUCGUAUGUAACGUAUCGUAUGUACUGUCUUGUAUAAGUUUGAAUAAGACAAAAUGGGUUUGUUUCUUGA